CCCCCUUUUUUUUACAGUCAUUCGCAGAAAAGAAUGCAGAUGGUUACAAAAAUCUCUUUCUUUGCCAUGUUUGUCAUGUACUUUUUAACUGCUAUUUUUGGCUACUUGACAUUUUAUGAAUCUGUACAAUCAGAUUUGCUUCACAAAUACCAGAAUAAAGAUGACAUCCUUGUCUUAACUGUUCGUGUUGCCGUCAUUGUUGCAGUGAUACUUACAGUCCCUGUGUUAUUUUUCACUGUUCGUUCAUCUAUAUUUGAGCUUGCUAGAAAAACCAAAUUUCAUUUAUGCCAACACAUUGUGGUUACAUUGAUCCUUUUGAUGAUCAUUAACCUGCUGGUUAUUUUUAUACCUUCCAUGAAGGAUAUUUUUGGAGUUGUAGGAACAACAUCUGCCAAUAUGUUGAUUUUUAUUCUUCCAUCUUCACUCUAUUUGAAAAUCACCCAUCAAGAUGGUUCAAAACUGAUUCAGAGAAUUUGGGCUUCCCUCUUUUUGGCAUUAGGAAUUUUAUUUUCCAUGGUGAGCAUUCCUCUUGUUAUCUAUGAUUGGGUGCAUUAAGACAUGCCACUGAAGGUUAGUGAGAUACCAAGAAGAACGCAUUAUCUCCUUGCUGUUCACAAAAAUCACUAAUCACCUAUUUUGCCAGUAUGUCCUACUCAUCAGAAAUUUCCUCUAUUAAACAAACAAACAAGAAAUAAUCAUCACUGCAUAUUUUCCACAGGAAAUAGUUGCUAAUUUGUAAUUUUUGCAUCAGUAUUAUUACAGUGGUCAGAACAAUUUCACAGAUCCCAUUGGUCAUAGGUCUUCUGUAUGCAGUAAAUGGUAAUGAAAUACCUGAAGAAUAUCUUCUACUGCUUCAUACAUUGCACAGGAAUAUUUCUUCUGAUUUUCAGCUAAAAUCCAUUAUCCAUUAUCCUGAUCAAAGUAAAUCACACUGGUGCAGUAAUGUGGUUAAUGAUUAGAUAGAUAACUAGUAUUUUGUCACAUAUAGAUUCUAUGGAGUCUUUUGGUAUUAGUAAACAAAAACUAAUUAUUUAAGCUCAGUUAUCCUUGUGGGAGAUGUGCAUGCAUGUGUACCCAUUUUCAAAGUAGUCUCCCAGGAAAUUGCACCUUGUCUCCCUGUCCCGCUACAGUAUUAUUUGAAUUAAAAUACACCAAAAUCAAAAGAAACAGAUCCAGAGAUAAUGUGUGUGAGAUAUAAAAUUUCUUGGUGCCAGGAUUACAUUUGUAAAUAUAUUUUGCUUUGCUUUGAUGAAGUUGUGAUCUUCUGGUUGGGAGAAUUUCAAACUCUCUUUUGCUGUUACAAGAACAAUAACAAUAAAGAAGCUGUUGCCAAGGAAAAUA